UCUCUAUGAGUCAGUAAACAAAACCCGUCAUAAUCAAAAUUCAAAAUUCAAUGUAACAAUAAUUUAUGUAAGCGUUUUUUAAAGUUAAUUUUGGUCUAAAUCGAAAUUAUUAGUAGAAAUGGCAUUAAAUCCAGGUAAGAAGGGUAAUCCCCAAAAAACAGUUCCAGCAAGUAAUGCUGAGAUCAACAGAACAAGUAGCAAAGCGCCAAGGACCAGCAAGAGAAUGAGUAGCAUCAACCAAGUGAACAAUGCUAGAGCCAGCUCUACAAACAAUGCUCGGCUCAGCACUCGGGUCAACCUCGACACAGGGGCAAGUGGAGAUGUAGACCACGAGGAAAAAGUAGAGGAAGAAGAAGAAAAAGUCCCUGAUGUGGAACUGAUAGUGGACGGAUUUGGCUUCAUGCCCGGCCACGGCAAGCGUCGUCACUCGAGAAUGGGAGAAGAGGCGUCGAUAGAGAGUCCUUGUGCCUCGAGCACUAAUGUUGACAUCGUCAGGAGGUAUACUUGGAGGACUAGAAACAGAAUGCUAGUACAGCUCAUAUCAUACGGUGCAACCUUUACCACAAUCCGCGUUCCAGACAAGAAAGGAAUACCUGAAGAUGUAAUUGCUGGGUUUGAUACUUUAGAAGAGUACUUUCAAAGACAAAAUCCUUAUUUCGGGGCGACCAUCGGCCGUUAUGCGAACUAUAUUUGUGAGGGGACAAUGGUAGUCAGACCUUCAGGUCGCCUCUACAUGCUCAGCCAGAACAAACACCAUCACCAUUAUAACGGAGGAUACAUUGGCUUUGAUAAAGUGAACUGGAGGUCAUACGUUUCUGGCAACAAGGUCAUCAUGAGCCACGUUUCUGAACGCUUCAGCGAGGGUUACCCAGGCACCGUGCUGGUCCAGUCCUGCUUCGAGGUCACCUGCGACAACACCAUCAAGAUCGAAAUGAAGUGCACCACUAGCGAACCCACCAUCAUCAACCUUAGUAUUUGCCCCUACUUCAACUUGGCUGGACAUCAAGCGGGAAAUGAAGAGAUGCUGGACCACAUAAUUACUAUAAACGGUGAUAAGUUUACACCUACUGCUGAUGAUGGCCUUCCAACAGGAGAGAAAAAAGUUGUCGGAGGUACAGCUUAUGACUUUAGAGUUCCAAGAAUGCUGAAGGUAAUGAUGCCUAAAAUCCCCAUGGGGGGUUACGACCUGAACUAUUGCAUUACAAAGGGAGUUGAGCAGGAGCUGACAUUCCAUGCAAGAGCUGUUCAUGCCAGAACUGGCCGAGUGGUGGAGGUGUACAGCAACCAGCCCGGCAUGCAGUUCUACACGGGGAACAACCUGCCAGACCCUGACAAAAUUGUCGAACUAUUGCCUGGUGAGGAAGACGAGAUGGGUGAGGCGUGGGAGGUAAAAGAGGAAGAAAUGGUCGAGGCAGCGGAAGCCAGCGAGGCAGCUGAGCCAGUCAUGACGAGGGCACCAAGCCAGGCAGCUGAGGCCGCAAAGGCGACGGCAGCUGAGUCGAAGAGUAGCACGAGUGAAGAGGAAAGCGAGUUGCUGAGUGAACGCAGCGUGGCUGGUGAAUCUUCUGAGGGCAGCCGAGGGGUCGGCUACGUCCCGCUGUAUGGCAAGGGGAAUGCAUUGUACAUAAGACACGGCUUCUUCUGCUUCAUGCCUCAGAAUUACCCAGACGCUGUCAACCAUAAAAACUUCCCAAACUCCGUGUUGAAUCCUGGCGAAGUUUACGUCCACAAAAUCGAAUAUAAGUUCGGAUUACUACUAGGAAAAUUUGUUUAAUGUGAUAAUUUAUGUGAAUAAGUAAAUAAUAAAAUUGUAAACGUUGUUUA